AUGGCUAGCUUGGACGAUACUAUUAUUUCACGUCAAAAUUUGAUGUUGCUGGACAACGUCACUAAUUAUAAGAAACCUGCAUUGGAUUAUUUCCAUCAUGAAUUUUCUUCUGAACGAUUGGAAAUGCCUAUGACUUGGACUUUGUUGCUUAAGAUGCGUAAGCACAAAUUAUUGAGACUCCCAAGUUGUGCUUCUGAGGAUGACGCCGACUAUAACAGCUAUCUGAUGAGAUUACAUCACUGUUUAUGGAGACGUUGGUCAAUGGAACAUUAUAAACUACAAAAUCUAAAGGUUGAUCCACUUUCUAUAAAUUGGAAUAAAGAAACCGAUAUCACUGUGCUCUAUGGGCCGGACCUAACGGGUGCCUGUGCUAAUCAGGAGCUCGAAGAUACUGCAUUGAUGAAUAUUAAAGGCGAUUCCGCUCAAUUACAUGAGCAAGAAGAAGAGGAAGAAGUUAUUGUGAACCCAGAGGUUCGUUCUUACACCUAUUCGUCAUCGGUGGCUUCAAACGUCUCAUCAAUCUUCGAUGAAAACAACACAUGUAUGAAAACACACAGCAAUACGAGUAAUAGAUCGUUGAAAUUUGACGAUACUGUACUCAGAAGGGAGAUUGACUCACACGGAAGUUGUCACGAGUCGCGCAUAGUCAUUAAUGAUCUUUCCAAAGUUCCCCGUCAUCUACGUCGCCUAAGGAAGAAGCGUCGUCAUCAAAAGAAGACCGAUUCGGAUACUUUUAUCGGUUAUCAGUUACCAUUGGAUGAUGAUGAGUUGGAACUCGAAGGGGAAUUUUGCAAUUUUGGGAUUUAA